UAUUUCACGACAAAUUCUUACUUUUAUAGUACACAUUCUUUCCUAGAUAAAAUUUUUAAUUAAUUACAAGAUUUUUAACUGUUGAUCAAAUUUACGAAAAUAUUUUGUUACUGUAACAUAAAUCGAUGUAAUAUGUAUUAAAUGAUAAAUGAGAUUUUUUAAUUUUCUACUCAGACAACUUUCAUAAUCACAGGCGCAAAAUUUGUCCGAUGAGUGACUCCAUUUAUAUUACUAAAUUUAAUAAUUGUUGAAGAAAUAUGAUUAAAUCUAUUUGAGAGCUUUUACAUAAAAUGCUUAAUGUUUAUAAGAAGAAUCAUUUUAUUUCAUCAUAUGUCAAGAACUACAUAGAAGUUAUAGAAUUUAUAGAGUAGGUCGAAGUUCCGUUGUAUGUUACAUAUCGGAGAAAGUGUUCCAGUUUCAGUGCAAGAUUCAUCAAGAGGAUAAAAAAAACUUAAAAAGGUCAAGAGCAUUUGAUGUCGAGUCGAAUCAAUAAAUAUUAAAUUAUAGUUUAAAGAGGACCAUCUACGCCAAAAAGUUCUGCACGUGCACGGAUGAGUGGAGUCUCUAACCUUGAAAAUUUUAAACAAUCUCGUCUCUAUAAGAAUAACUGUAGCAAAUUCACUUCAUUCAUUAUAUAAUUAAUUACAAAAUGACAGAUCAAGCUAUUUCUUCAAAAGAUAAUUACGAAUGUGAAAUGGAUGGAACAAGUGAUGAUGAUAGUGGAGAUGAUUGGGAAGAAAUGACAGAAGAUUUUGAAUCUAUAUCGUGCCUUUUUUGUAAUGAAGUUGCCAAUAACUUUUCUAUGGCACUAGAGCAUCUAAUAGCUUCACAUAGAUUUGAUUUAAAAAACUUUAUAAUCAAACAUUCUUUAGAUACUUAUUCCUAUAUUAAAUUGAUCAAUUUUAUUAGACAUAAAAAUGUUUUACCUGAUCAGCUAAAUGCAUUGAACAUAAAAACAUGGGAAAGCGAGGAAUACUUAAGACCUGUUAUAGAAGAUGACCCUUGGUUAAUGUUUGAUAUUGAAGAUUUAGAAGAGAAGACAACGAAGCCUAUUGCAUAUACUGUGAAUUCAGAAAAUGGGUGUGUCACAUUAUCUGAGGCACAUUUUGCCGAAUUACAAAGAACGAUACAAACACUUAGAGCACAAUUGGAACAACGUGAAUCAGCAUGUCUUUUGGCAAUACAGCAAAUAGAUGAAAUGGCAGAAAAAGCACAAAAAUUGAUCUUAGAUGGUGAUUUAGAUGAAAACAAUACUCUCAGCUCUUCUGGUAAUUCUAAUUGUAAUGUUGAUAAGGGUUACUUUAAUAUUUACAGCCAUUUUGCCAUACAUCAUGAGAUGUUAACAGACAAAGUAAGAACCGAAAGUUAUAGAGAUGCAUUCUUAACAAAUGCUAACAGAUUUAGUAAUUGUGUGGUAUUAGAUGUUGGUUGUGGAACUGGAAUUCUGUCUAUGUUUGCAGCAAAAACUGGAUGUCGCAAAGUAAUUAGUGUUGAUCAAUCAAAUGUAAUAUAUCAUGCAAUCGAUAUAGUGAGAGAAAAUAAUUUAAGUGACAUUAUCACUUUAAAAAAAGGUCGGCUGGAAGACAUUAAUCUCGAUGAAGAUAAAGUAGAUGCGAUUGUCUCUGAGUGGAUGGGAUAUUUCCUUCUAUUCGAGGGUAUGUUAGAUACAGUGAUAUAUGCGAGAGAUAACUAUUUGACUCCUGGUGGAAUACUUCUUCCUAAUAGAUGCACACUCAGUAUUGUGGGAAGUGGAGAUACUAGGAGAUAUGUCGAACUCAUUGAUUAUUGGUCGAACGUGUAUGGUUUUAAAAUGAGCUGUAUGAAAGCGGAGGUUUUACGUGAACCGAGUAUAGAGAUUUGUAACGCUGACGAAUUAAUAACUAGCACUGUUGAGAUACAAGCAUUCGAUUUAUACAAAGUAACGAAAGAUUGCGUAAAUUUUUCAUCGCCUUUCGAAUUUAAAGUAAAAAAGACUGGAUCGUUAACUGCGAUUGUUGGCUAUUUUGAUAUCUUCUUUGACUUGGACAAUCCAAUUUAUUUUAGUACGGGACCUUAUUCGCCUCCAACACAUUGGAAGCAAACAGUAUUUUCAUUGAACGAACCUAUUAGCAUUACCGAAGGGGAAAUUUUACGUGGUAAAUUAGUCUGUCGUAGACAUGUUAGAGAUAUUCGAGGACUCAUGAUUACAAUUCAUAUUAAGAAUACUAGCCAGGUUUAUUACUUAGAAUAAUCUAAUGAUAUUCGCUUUGAAGUCUACUUAAUAGACGUAAGUGCCAAAAAGGAAAAGAAAGAAAAAGAAAAAAACAAAUAACAUAGGGUCCAUAACAGCUUGCUGGCUAUAAAAUUAUUGAUGACUAUCAUUAAAAAUUAAAUAAUAGAUGAAAUACGGUUCAAAAAGCGUAGGAAAAAUCGUUCAGUAUCCGUAUUUUUUAUGGAAUUGUUAUUUACAUUUUGAGUCCCUGUAAAACUGUAGAAAUCAUAUAAUCUCGUAUAAAUCGAAAGGUUUGACUCCUGCAAUGAUAAAGACAUAAACAAUCUAUAUAUAUAUAAGAUUUUUUUACUUUAUUAUAUUUUUUUUUUAAUAUAUAUAACCAAAGAUUAUACGUUGAUUGUUUACGUAAAUUAUCUUACAUAAUCACAACGCACAUGCUUUCUACAGGAUAUCGUCGCAAUUAAUGCGAACUUUACGGUAGAGAUUAUUUACGAUUCGUGCCUUUUUGAUAGUCGAUAAACUUAAACAUUUAUAAUUGACCAUAAAGUUAACAUUUUGGAAGGUUAAGUAGUUCCGAGAAAAACGAUAUGAUAGCGUUUCAUUUUACAGUUCUGUCGAAUUAUGUACAAAAUUUUACGAUAGUGUUAAAAAAGAUAUUUAAGUACAUACCCGGUUGCACAAAUAUUCUAUUGAUUCAAAUAAUGAUAGUUUCAAAUUUUUUAAAUAUUUCUUAAUGAUCAUUUUAAAUAAUGAUAUUUUGUAUUUGAAAAAUGUAUUUUAAAGGAAUGAUCAAAUCUAAUUAGUGCAGUCGGGAUUAUUCUUACGCUUUUAUUACACAAACAACGAUUUCGAGUUCGCUCGAGUUAAAUUUAAUCCAAGAGUCCUAUAAAUAACUUCAACAAAUGAAUUAAAAAGGAAAUAUGCAUAAUUUUUACCAGCAUAUCUUCUUCCGUCACGAUACUAUGUAUGAAUUUCAAUAUUUCAUACUUGUUAAUGACUAAUCGAAUCGUCCAGAAUUUAUUUAAAAAUAUAAAUAUUUUUGCCAGCUUUCUUGCAUGUGCUAUUGUAGAAUAAGUAUCCACAUUUAAUAAUUAACCGUUAAUGAAACGAAAAUGAAUUAACACCAAUUAUAGAUCCGAUAUUUCAGCUAAUAUAAUUUAUAAAAAAAAUAAUGUGAUUAUACUUCUUCUCGAUUUCCUUUAAGACUAUUCUAGGAAAAGAAUUUAUAGUGGAACUGCAUUGGUUACGAACUUAUAAAAAUUUAGUUCCCUCUUUUGAAAUUGCCUGACAUGUUGUUUGUAACCCAGGGUCAAUUUAAAAAGUACUUAUGCUUCCAGAUUAAGGUAUGUAAUACAACUCUGUGAUAUAAAAAAAUAAGUAAUAGUAAAUUUAUUUGAUUGUAAGUCAGGAGGAAUUAUUGCCUUCCUUGAUUAUAAUAUGUGUACUUUUACAUAAGUAAUCUAUCACGCUAAUGCUUAAAAUCAAAUAAAUUGAAAAAAUCUUACAAGUUUAAA